GAGUGAUAGCUCUACAGGAAUUAGAGGGGUUUCAAGGCCCUUUUCUUUCAGCCCAGCAUGGACAGCUUCUUCAAGGCAGCUGUAUGUGAUCUGGACAAACUGCUCGAUGACUUUGAACUCAACACUGAGGAACUUGAAUGCAAAUCUGUUUUCCUGAAGCCUUCUGUGUACCCCUUCUCCUCACUGGGCUCUCAGUGUUUAUCCUCCGAGGCGUCCACUGUCCCACCAAACCUCCCUGACCUUAACUCUCUUCAUUAUGGUUCUGCCACCAGCUGUCCUGACCGCUCCAGCAGUCAAAACCUCAGCGCUGAUGACAGAGAAGACAAAGGUCAGCCUCUCACAGGAGUGGACCUUCUCUCCUCUGUGGAUCACAGGCCAGGUAAAAGCUCUGUGCCUCCUUGCCCGGAUAGAGCUCUGAAGCCAGUGUGUGACCUUGUGAAUGACACAUCCUCAGCCAUCCUGGUCAGGGCCAACAGCCACGAUGCUUUCAGUGAGCUGGACAUGGUGGAAAAGCAAAUGGAGGAGGAGGAGACGCUGCUUGUAGACUUUGACAGCCCUGUGGUACAUGAAGAACAAGGAGGGCCAAGCCAAAGUGCCGAUUGUGGAGACGCCACGGAAGAGAAACAAGCCUCUGCAGGGAAGGACGAGCUGCUGGGUUUAGAUUCCCACGAGCAGCAAAGCGGUGAAUACUCUGCCUCGCUCAGUCUGCUGGACGUAAUUCUUCCUGCUGCAGUGGAGAGGAACUGUGAGUCCACAGAUGAUUCACCAAGGCCCACUGAGUCAGCUGAGGAAGAGGAGAGGCUCUGUGAGGAGGUGGCGUUCACAAACCAAGUGGUGGAUAACACCUUAGACCACUGUGAAUCGGAGCCCGCUCUGCCUGUUGAUAGCAUUAAAGAACCAACAACAACCUCAGUGAAUGAAGAGGAGGAUUCACAAGAAGCCUCGGAUAAAGGUGAGUCUCAGUCAGAGGCUUCGGAUAGCGAACCAGUGGGCUUAUCAUGCCUGCCCUUAGCUGUGUCCAUGUGUGGAGCUUUAGUGAACAUAAGGACCACAGAAGAAGAGUCAGGGCAGGCUCCAGAGCAGUGUGAUGAGGCAGCUGACGUCUCUGAGAGCACAGAGGCAGACUCCCUGUCAGCCUUGGAAGCCAGAGAGCACAGGUCCCAUUUAGAGGAACGUUUUGACUCGUCUGUGUCCCAGCAGGUUGUAGAGGGCAGGGUGUCACCAGAGGGGCAGCAUCUUUCUCUUGAACCUGCUCCUCCUGCUGUCCCCUCUGCAGACCUCGACUCCUGCGACCGCUCAGAACCCAGCCCAGUCGAUCCUCCCGAGUUUGGCUUUGAAUACCUGCCUGAGAGUGACCAGGCCGAGCUGCUGGUUACAGACGAGGAGUUGGAUGCAUUCCUGCAGGCACACGCAGAAGCAGAGCAAGGUAGAGGUGUCUCUUAUUGCAGCAGCUCUGGAGAUUUCACUCAACCUGAGAGUCUCUCCGAGUCAAACAGAGAUUUGGACGGCAGGCUUGUGGGAGAGGAGCUAAAGAGCUGUGGUCUUGAAAGACGGGAUGAUCUAGAGGGUCUGGCUUCUCCAGAGAGCGACAGAACAAUGUGUGUGUCUGCAGAGGGCAGUUUUAACCCCGGUGCUCCAUCACAGGACUCUUGCAGACCUUGCCAAGAAGAGCCAGAACUCUCCUCUGGGGUAAGCAACUCUUUGACCAGCAACACUUUCCAGUCCCAGCACAGCAGUAGCCCCGAUCAGCAGCCCUCCUAUGGAGGUGCAAGACCUAAACAGCUACACUGCCAAACUGCUAGAUCUCCACCAGCAGGGGAAGAAGGAGAGGAGCAGGCUCAGACACUCUGUGGUUCUACAACAGAUCCGAGUACAACAGAGGAUGAAGAGAGUUCACCCACAAGUCUUACAGAGGAGCAUUGUAACAUUAGAGAUUUGAGCCCUAUGUAUGCCUCUCAGGAGCAUCAGGAUUACAGUGUGGGGUAUGAUGAACUCUCAGAGCCCCCACCUUACCCGGGGGAGUCACCCACAGAUGGUGCCAGGUCGGUGAACUGGAAGAGAGAGGGAGUGGAGGAGCUGGGGAGCAGACAGCCUGCCUGGGUGCCAGACUCUGAAGCUCCCAACUGUAUGAACUGCUACCAGAGGUUCACUUUCACCAAGAGGCGGCAUCACUGUCGAGCCUGUGGCAAGGUUUACUGUGCGGUGUGCUGCAACAGGAAGUGUAAGCUGAAGUACAUGGAGAAAGAGGCUCGCGUGUGUGUCGUCUGCUUCGAUACCAUACACAGAGCCCAGGCCCUGGAGCGGAUGAUGAGUCCUGCAGGUCCUAGUCCAAACCCCAACGUCCCCUCUGAGUACUGCAGCACCAUCCCCCCUCUGCAGCAGGCUCGAGCCGCUGGCACUCUCAACUCUCCUCCACCGACCGUCAUGGUGCCUGUGUCCGUUCUCAAAAACCCAAACAACGACAGUUGUCCUCGGGAACAGAAGCGCGUGUGGUUUGCUGAUGGCAUCUUGCCCAACGGAGAGGUGGCAGACACAACAAAGCUGUCCGUGACGAGCCGCCGGAGCUCCCAGGAGUUCAGUCCUGUCUCUCCAGACCAAACAACACCUGGGUCAGAGGUUGGAGUCAGUGGCUCCUCCGCCCCCGAAGCUUCGGGGUCUGUGGAGGUGUUUCGACCGCCGGUGUCUGGACCCUGGGACUAUGCCUUGCUCUCUGGAAUUGGUACUUCCGUGCAGAGAGUUCCCAGUCUGCUGCCAGAUAAUGAGGAUGAGCUCCCUCCUCUGCUCAUCACCACUGGAGAGGAUGAAGUGGGAGAUGUUUUGGUUGAGGAAAGUCCUGCCCCGUGCCAGAUUCUGCACUUAUUAGAGGAGGGGGGACCCCGACCUCUGACAUUUGUUCUGAACGCCAACCUGCUGGUCAAUGUCAAACUGGUUACAUACUCCAGUCGGCAAUGCUGGUGUUUUGGCUCUAAUGGGCUGCAGGCUCUGGGACAGAGAGAGUUGGUGUUUUUGUUGGAGUGUUUGCCAGAAGAAAAAACUCUUCCAAAAGACCUUUUCACACUCUAUCUCAACAUUUACCAAGAAGCCCAAAAAGGGAAGUUUUUGGAGGAGCUGGAUAAUGUGACGUUUACGAGCAGUUUUCUGGGCAGUAAGGAUCACGCUGGGAUGCUCUUCUUCUCCCCCACGUGUCAGCCUCUAGAUGGCCUCACUCUCCCUCUUCAGCCUUUCCUGUUUGGCCUGCUCGUCCAGAAGCUGGAGGUUCCCUGGGCCAAAGUCUUUCCCCUCAGGCUGCUUCUCCGGCUUGGAGCUCAAUACAGCGUGUAUCCCACUACAUUGACAAGUGUCCGUUUUCGGGACUCUGUGUAUCGAGAGACGGGACACACCAUAAUGAAUUUACUGGCUGACCUGAGGAACUACCAGUACAGUCUGUCAGUUGUGGAGGGCCUGAGGAUCCACAUGGAGAUGGGCCACAGCUACAUCGAGAUCCCCAAAAAUAGCUUCAAUGAGAUGCAGAAGGUGGUAAAUGCAUCCAACGAGCACGUCAUCAGCAUCGGAGCGAGGUUCAGCUCGGAGGCCGACUCUCACCUGGUGUGUUUCCAGAAUGAAGAGGGAAACUAUCAGACGCAGGCCAACAGCAAGCCUGGCAAGACCCGAACAGUGACUGGGGCCAGUUUUGUUGUGUUCAAUGGAGCCCUGAAAGCCUCAUCUGGGUUCAUUGCCAAGUCUAGCAUAGUUGAAGAUGGGUUGAUGGUGCAAAUCCCUCCAGAGACCAUGGAGUCUCUGCGCACAGCCCUGAGGGAGCAGACAGAUUUCCACAUACCCUGCGGCAGGAACGACGGCGGGGAGGUCAGAGAAAACGUCACUAUCCGCUGGGUCGACUUGAGUUCACCUGUCAACGCAGGCAUAACCAGCGGGGUGGAUGGGAGACCUCUGGAUGGAGUCCGCAGUGUAAGGAUGCAGCAGGACACCGAGUUUGAUUCUGACGGACGCACCAUCAGAUGCACGGAGGUGUUCUACCAGAUCAAGACACCGGACUGCAGCCUCGCGUCGGUGCAGUCGUCAUGCAGCGUUUUUCAGAAGGAGAUGGCUUUGGCCGCCUGCAGCGCUCUGACUCCUCACCUCGCUGUCCUCGCCUCCAGUGGCAUCAACUCGCUCUCUCUUCGCAUCUCUACACAGGCUGAUAUGGUGGAGUACCAGGCGGGCUGCGGCGGCCGGCUCCUCCCUCAGCGCUACAUGAACGAGCUGGACAGCGCUCUGAUCCCCGUCAUCCAUGGAGGUAGCGCUAGUGUACCACAGACUGCCAUGGACAUGGAGUUCAUCUUCUACAUCACUCACACCAUCUAACGCACAUGCAGACACACUUCAACAGUAUUGAAAAGAAUCCACUCGACAGAGAGAGAAGCUGUUGAAUGUGGCGGGACAUGCGAAUGCAACAUUUUUGCACAGUCAGACAUGCAGCCAGUCGCAGCACGCGUAGACGCCGGCACAACAUUCCCACUCUGAGGUCGGGGAUGUAUUUUUGGAGUAAUGUAAACUGACUUUCUGUUAAGGAAGCGUUGUGUGUUUGUGUGUUUUUCGUGCUCACCAAAGCUGCUUUAAUACAAGAAGCCAAACACUAAACAAGGAUUACGACGACAACAUGACCAAAUACAACCAAACUAUUCAAACCGUUUCUUCUUCUGCUCUGCCUUCCAGGCUCCCUGCUGGCCUCCGUCAGCUCGGAGCACCUCAGUGAAUGUUUCCCACAGACGCUCUAUCGAAAUGUCUCUCAUUUGGAUGUAUUUAUUAUAUUUUAAUAUGGGCUUAUUGAAUGAAAUGAUGGUAUUAAAGUAUUCAGUACUUUGGAGGCCAUACAUGUGAUCAGAUGCUGGCCCCGAUCUUAAAAACUAAUUUCCUCUCCAGGCUUUCAUUUCAUAUGCUGAUUUAAGAUGCUACUGCACAGGAACACACUGGGUCUCAGGCAAGAAAACGUUUUUCUCCUAAAUUUCGGAUUUUAUUUUAAUUUUUUGUGAUUAGAAAAUAUCACACAGGUGUUGAUGUGUUGUCCCGUGUUAACAGACGGAGACCAGCAGAAGAACAAUUGUCAAAGCUUAUAGUAAAGUGGCCGCCAGGAAUUAUAAAUAUUUGAACUAGAAGCUUAUUUUAGUUUUUGUAACACAUUUAAACUCAUGAAAUCGUCCAGAUGAAGCUAGUAUUUCUUUUAAUUCUAAUUGACGUCCGUGACGCUUAAUCACGCUUGUGUUUGUACGACUGUUUCUUGCCUGAGCCCCCCCCCCCCCCCGGUGUGUGUCACUAACGGGUUUGGUGUUCAGAUGAAGCUCAGCUCUUCGCCACAGGAGGAUGAAUGUGGUUCUGUAACUCAAGAGGUAGUCGUCCAAUCGAGAGCUUUCUCUUCAUUCACAAAGGACUCAGCUAAACAGUGAAUGUGACGGGUGACGUUCUCACUGCUCUGCCAACAUGCUUCUGCUUACCUUUCAUUUUCUAAACAUUCUUCCGUUCUGAUCAAGCAGCUGUUACUUUAUGACCAGCACAGCGUCCUCUUUCACUGAAUCACAGUAUUUCCAGCUUAAAUACCAAUGAGUUUUCAUUAUUUCUAACAUUACUAUGUCUCCUUCAGUUUUAGAGUCUCAGUUGAACGAUCAGAUUUUGCACACCUGAUGAGAUCUCACACCUUUUUUUUUUUUUUUCAUCCUUAAGAUUUAGCAAUUAUACAUGUACAGACUUUGUGCAAACUUUAAAAUGAAUUGUUCAACAUUGGAGGUGGGGGGGGGGGGGGAAUGCUUAUUAGCUUUCUUGCCGAGACUAGAAGAGAAGAUUGAUCUCAAUCUUUCAGUUAAAUAUAAAGUAUAUCUUAACCCUCUUCUGUCUGUAGCUUCGUAUUUAGCGAACCAUCAUGCGAGUGAUCUCGAUCUUCUCCUCUAAACUCGACACGAAAGCAAAUAAGCAGAUUUACCUAAAUAUUUAACAAAUGCUUAAAAAAAGUAUUUUACCAAAAAAUGAAAAGUAUCAGACCGGCGUCAUGUUUUGAAUUUAUUUCAUGUAUCUUCAAAGCGGCUUUAAGGCACUUUAGAACCAUUAAAACAGCAGACGGUGUCAUGUGUAGGUUUUUAUUCGGGUAAUCACGACGAAGGGAUGACGUCGCCCCUUUCUCUUCACCAGCUUCUCACCUUUUCCACAAAACGUAAAGCUGGAUCUGAACUGCCAAUUUCCUCGAACGAGUGCUGUGGUUGAUAAAUACGCAGACAGGUUUCAACCCUAUAAAAUGCAACCAAGUUAGCAUGUACUGUUUAAAGCAGCUUUGUAGAAGUCAAGUCUCCUUUUUCUCCAUGUCUAGGGAACAUCUCGUCCUACAGUCUCACUUUUCACUCCAGAGUUUUUGUCCAAAUGUAUAAAAGAUAAACUGUAUGCAUUUUCUUUUUUUUUUUAAAUAUUGAAGUUAUUUUUUAAAAUCAUUUGGUAUAAAGGUUUUAGCAAACAAAAGAAUAAGAGUUCAUAUUUUUGAUAGGACAAUAGGCUACAUUCAUUGUGCAGUUUGUGUAGCAAGAUCCUUGAAGCACUGAGAGGAAGAAAAAAGAAGAACACUCGACGGUUAAUCUAAUAUAUUAUUUUGUCAUAUGGUGGAAGAUUUCUAAUCCCGAGAUGCAAUGCAUAAAGAAUGUACAGGUAAAGGUGUAAACAUCUAAAUAAAAGCAGCUUUACACCAGC